UUCCCCAUUGGUUGAAUGGUCCUGCAGGUGUGGGCCGGUGGAGUUGCCGGUCCGGGACCGGCUGGGGGGGAGGGGGGAACGAGGGAACGGGCUUGGGAGUUGUCUGACUAUGGGGCAGGGGAGAGGUGUAGUUCGGUGAGGGAGUGCUGGGUCUGCUCCAGGGAACCCGGUCCUGGGACCAUGGGGGAGCGGGUGCUGGUGCCGUCGCCUCUCGGAGAACCCUGCCUACCAGGCUCUGUGCUCUCUUUAGUAUGUUCCAACUCCUACCAGGCAUGGUGCCAGAUCACCAAUGUGUCCCAACUAAAGACUUCUUUUGCCACUCAUGAAAACCAGAAUUCCAGUGGAACGAACCUGAGCAUUUCUUCAUCUGCAGAGAACCAAUACAGCCUUUUUCUAGGCUUAGUCCUGGCCAUUAGUUCCAGUGUUUUCAUAGGCUCCAGCUUCAUACUGAAAAAGAAGGGACUCUUAGAACUAGCCAAAAAGGGAAUAACCAGAGCUGGGCAAGGUGGACAUUCUUACCUGAAGGAAUGGCUCUGGUGGGCAGGAUUACUCUCAAUGGGAAUAGGAGAGGCUGCAAAUUUUGCUGCAUAUGCUUUUGCACCUGCCACAUUGGUUACCCCUUUGGGGGCACUGAGUGUUCUUAUAAGCGCAAUAUUGUCAGCCCAUUUUUUAAAUGAGAGACUGAACAUUCAUGGGAAGAUAGGCUGCAUGUUAAGUAUCUUGGGGUCAACCGUGAUGGUUAUCCAUUCCCCCAAAGAAGAGGAAGUCACAUCUCUACAUGAUCUGGAAAUAAAACUAAGAGAUCCAGCAUUUAUUUCCUUUGCUGUGAUCGUUCUUGUGGUCUGUUUGGUGCUGAUUGUGGCCGUUGCUCCAAAGAAAGGUCAGACUAAUAUAUUAAUCUACAUUUCAAUUUGUUCAGUAAUUGGAGUAUUUUCAGUUUCCUCCGUCAAAGGCUUAGGAAUCGCCAUCAAGGAGCUAUCAGAACAGAAGCCAGUUUACAAGAAUCCCCUUGUCUUUAUUUUGUUGGCGACAUUAAUACUCUCAGUCAGCACUCAAAUCAACUAUCUCAACAAAGCACUGGAUACAUUCAAUGCGUCUCUAGUGACUCCUAUUUAUUAUGUAUUUUUCACAUCAAUGGUCGUCAUGUGCUCUGCCAUCUUAUUCAAAGAGUGGUAUAGUAUGAACGCUGCUGAUGUCAUCGGGACCCUGAGUGGAUUCUUCACCAUUGUUAAUGGUAUCUUCCUUCUUCAUGCUUUUAAAAACACUGAUAUUACCUGGAGUCAACUGACGUCGACUUCUAAAAAAGCCCAGCUAUCUCCAUAUACCAGCGAAGACAGACAUGUUUUAUUAGAGAACAUAGAAUGCGAUGAUGAUUUCACUUUAUUUAAUCGGAUGGACAAUCAGGGACACUGAUCCCCUGGGAUGAGCCACUUUGAAGAGGAGAAAAGGAAUGCAUGUCUCUUUCAAGAGCUGUUCAAAUACUCGGCUGUAUGUCCACCUUCGUAAAACUGAUGUAUUUAUGUCUUGGGAAAAGAUAACCGUGUCCAUCUUCCGUCUUCCUUCCUAAGGUAAUCAAUGGAUAUUUGGUAUUUGAGUCUAACAUCCUGGACAAAUAAAGAGUUUUUGUUUAGUUCUUAUAAAUCAUUCUCUGAUGAAGUAUAUUCAUUAUAGUCUUGUGAAUUGUAGCUUGCUUUCCUUUUACAGAACCAGCAAUAUAAAGAGGAGUUCAGCAGCAUAAUAAACAUCUCAUAACACUAAAAAUAUUUGGGGGGGGCAACUGUAGAAUAUAUAGCAAUAUGGGUCUUUUUUUACAUGUCAAAGAUUCAAAGUAUAUGUAGUUUUGAAUUUUAUUUUUCAAAUUGAAAAAUGCUAAAGAAAAUUUGUCAUCUUCCUAUGGGAUAUGUGUAUUUCCCCCCUAAAUCUCAAAAAACUGCUAUUGUGUUUUAUUUGUAUAAUUUUCUGUUUUGUUUUCAAAAUUUUCCCACAGAAGGCUUAUGACUUCUCUAUAGAUAUUAAUGCUCAAUAUUUCCUCUUUACAAUUUCCAUUCCUUAGUUCCUUAUUAUCUUUUUCUUCUUUGAAAACUUUGUGAAUUCAGUGCAUUUAUUGCCUUAUUUCUUUAGAACAAAUGACCUUUUCACAUAUACAUGGCAUUAAAAAAAUGUCUCCACAGGAGAAACUCCAGUAACUCUAGGUUUUUAUACUCAGUAGCUUGCAAAACAGUAUAAUGUGGCUGAAGAUAAAUAUUAGCCCUUGAAUGUCACAAAACAAGACUUUUAUACUAAAGAAAUGUCAGGUAACUUCUGGAAAUAAGGCAAGUGAAAGAGAACCAUCCUAAUAAAGAAUUCUAUAAAUAUGGUAGCAUUUUUGGAUCUCCAAUCAGACUAGGAUAGAAAUAUAAACUUGUGGUGGUAUUUUUCUUUAUACAUCACCAAGUUAGGUUGCUUAUAGCAUCUUCUAUCCCUUACCUCACCUUUAAAAAUUAACUAAAUUGUUACUUGAUAUCUUUCAUUGGGAGAAUAGGAUGAAAGUAUCUUCUGUCUUUUAAAAAUAAUACAUAUCCCUAUAAAAACAUUGUUGUUGUUUUUUAAAAAACUAAUGCUUUGGCAUAAUAUUUUUUUAAAAAUAGCAUUUUGAGUUGCAAAAUUUCAAAAAAAAGUUUUAAAUUCCUCCCUCCUAACCAAGUGGAAGGAGGAUCAAUAUUUUUUGCAUUUAAGAUUGAUUAGGCUUAGUUCAUUGUAUAUAGAUAUUCUCAUAUUUCAAACUAUAAGAAAACCAAAGAUAGUAAACCAAAAAAAAAAUGCUUCUUUCAAGAAUACUUAAUGUACUCAAAAAGAAUUUCAUUUCAUUUGUUACUCUUGUAAGGGUUUUCUUCCUGUAUAGUAAAUAAAUGAUUUAUACCAAAUCCCUUCAUCCCUAAGGGAUUUUCAAUAAGCUAUUUUAAAAUGCCCAUUUCUUGGUAUUUAUUUGUUUUUCAGUUAUGACAAAGACCUCAAAAUUCAGCAUUAUUAGCUGCUACUUUUUAAGAAUCACAUAUUGUAAAGAAUAUAAAUUAAAAAUCUUUUAAACAA